AUGCACGUCUUGGGACUAGAGCUGAAGGCUGGGGGAGACGCCGCCACAGUCGAGGCCGACAACGAGAGGGCGUGGAAGAAAAACAGCCUUCAAGCGGAGCUAUUUUUCGCGGACCAAAUCGUCCCCUUGUCGAGUCCUCUCAUAUCCGCAGUUGUUGCCAAGUGUGAGUUUAGGUCCGAGGCCUCGUUUCCGGCCUCGUGUUAUGUCUUGAGGCGUCUGGGGAUGGAAUGGGGGCUUGGGGCCGUGUGGGUUGGCGGCGGGGGGCGUGGCAGCCACAUCUCUUGGUCCUUCACUUGGCUGGCACUAGAUUCGAUUCUAGCACAAAUAGAGGCGCCGAGCGCCUGUUAG